CCUCAUUGCUUGGACUGCUCCAUUUCGCAUCUGAAAAAAUCUGAUAGUUGGUGAAGUGUUCUUCAUGCCAGGGACUGCUGUAGCCUCAGCGCACACAGAAUACUGUAGCUCCUGGACCACUUGAGAGCAAACAGAUGGACAAGAAAGAGUCCAGUGAUCUCCUAAAUAACGUAUCACUAAUUAAAGAUGACCUGACCAGUUCCAACAUGGGAUCCUCUGAUGACUCAGAAAAAAUGAUCAAGCAUUUAAAAGAUGAUGAUCUUCGUGAUGCUCAGGAGCUUGCUAACACUGAGCUUGCUAACACUGAGAGACACAAAUGCACGGAGCUAAAAGGUAUCUCAGAUGGAGAGAGUAAAGAAAAUAAACAACGAGCGGAUGAGUCGGCAAAACAGAUAAAACCUCUCCAAGGCCAGCUGCCCCAGCUCCAGGAUGAAAUGGGCGUUCUCAGGGGGCAGAUGGAUGUUUCCUCUAGCUCACAUGAUGAGCUACAAAGUGCACGUGAUGAGGUGAAGUCACUGAAACGUGCCCUGGAGUCAGCCACUGCUGAGAGGGACCGUGACGUCGCUGCUAUCCAGACUAACUUGGCAACCACCACAAAGGAUCUGGACAAGUGGCGCCAGACUGUCAGCAAAUAUGAGCAUGAGAUUGAAAACCUGCAGCGUGACCUUCAGCAGCAGAGCAAGCAGUGGCAGAAAACUGCAGAGAUACAAGCCAGUGAGCUGCAGUCCAUGCAGGAUGAAUUUGCUUCACUCAGGGCUGAGAAGGAGAAACUCUCCAAGUCUAGCCUGAAAGAGAAGACCAACCUACAGAGUGACUGUGCUGUACUGCGCUCUGAGAAAGAGGCAGAGCUGCAUAAACAGCAGCAACUGGAGAAGGAACUUGCCAGUUCCCGUGCUCAAAAUGCUGAACUGAGCAACAGCCUCAAAGCCCUAGAGAGAUCCCAGCAGGAGUUGGAGAAGAGGAUGGUAGCCCUGCAGCUCCAGCACCAGCAGGAUAGCACCAAGUGGCAAACCCAACUGGAUGAGGCAGACAGUCGCAACAAGGCUCUGCAAAGAGAGCACAAUGAGACUAAAACUGAGCUGUCGGACCUGACGGAAAAAUAUGAGAAGACUGAGCAGGAGAAUCAGUCGCUUACAGAUGAACUUGAGUCGUGCAAAGCCAACAUGAAGGAGCUUCAGGAGAAAGAAUCAAAGCACGAUGAGACUAAAACUGAGCUGUCGGACCUGAUGGAAAAAUAUGAGAAGACUGAGCAGGAGACUCAGUCCCUUACAGAUGAACUUGAGUCGUGCAAAGCCAACAUGAAGGAGCUUCAGGAGAAAGAAUCAAAGCACGAUGAGACUAAAACUGAGCUGUCGGACCUGACGGAAAAAUAUGAGAAGACUGAGCAGGAGAAUCAGUCGCUUACAGAUGAACUUGAGUCGUGCAAAGCCAACAUGAAGGAGCUUCAGGAGAAAGGAUCAACGACAUCCCUAUUGCUGCCUGCACAAGCAAUAGUCAUCGGCCUUUUCCUGGCUUUGCUGUAUUGGUGCUUCGGUGCAUUGUGGUAGUAAGAAAGCGUGGAUGAUCUGGGGGCCGGCGGUCGCUGUGGCUCUAACGGCAGUGACUGCUGCUGCAAUCUUCAGAACCUGAGGGCAACUCGCACGAGCACACACUCAAGUGAAUCCAUGUUUGUCAUCGAUCUUGUCUGCACUAAAACUGAAAAACUUGCCCCCUCAUCAUAUCUGCACUAUUAAUUAGGAGGGCUCCUACAUAACACUGUUUGAUUAUUAAGAUGCUCUAUUUUAGAUGGCAGAGACUUUAAUAAAAGAAUGUGAGUUUUCGUGGAAAUAAAUACCUUCGCUUGUAUGUUUGUUGUGUGAAGAAACAGUUGGGUCAUUUUUUGGCUACUAUUUUGACUUAUAGGAUUAUCCUUUAAUGAAUGUAAAGAGACUCUACACAAUUAAUUAAUUCUGAUUAUAUAUGAUGAUAUUUUUGGAGUCUGAACCUCCCUAAAUGUAACACAUCUCUGUAAUUGUCAGAAUAAUAAAUAUGAUCACAAUAAACCAGCCCAUAAA